CAGCGAGCGACCUGGUGGGCAGUUCUCGUAGCUGCUUGAUGCGGACGUAUGAGCCGCUCUGCGCCGGGACCCCGGACGCAGACGAUGAAAUAAAUGCCGUGGACGAGAUGCUUCAUCACCUCCGCUUGGCUGCCCCACUGAUGUUCUUGCACCUCAUGGACUACUUGCCCGGCGUGACAAACAUCUACUUGGUCGGCCAGCUCCAUGGCGCCGCAGAAGCAGACAUGAACAUGAACGCUGCGGCACUUUCCACUUCGGUACCAGGCACGAUUUGCGAUCAACUUCCCACACCGUACGUAUGAUGUAGUUCCUCAACAUGACGUCAACCUCCAUCGGCAUGGGUCUUUGCUCUGCCGUGGGCAUAUUGUGUGCUCAAGCGUACGGCGCCAAGCACACGAAGCAGUUCAAUGCAUACUUACACGCAGCGGUGUUGGGCACUUUACUGGCCAUGAUCCCAAUCAUUGCGGUGACGUGGCACUCAGACAUGGUGUUCACUUUGAUGGGUCACAAUCCUGCAACGUCUUCUAAAGCGGCGACGUUCACCAUCCUGUCGUCGUUUGGACUUCCGUUCUUCUUCGUCUUCGAGAUCUUGCGCAAGAUGCUGCAAGCGCACAGUGCCGUUGAUGGGAUGGCGAUGAUUUCGAUGGCAGCUAACGGGGUGCACGUGAGUGUGGGGUACUACUUGACCCACCACACGUCGUGGGGAGUAUAUGGCGCAGCCGUCGGACGCAGCAUUUCGAACGUGUCGUUGGUUGCCGCCACGUUGAUCUAUUUUCAAUUUGAGCCCACGUACAAGUCGUGGCAGUUGCAAUGGCAGCCGUCGCUUGCAGGCACGCACUUGAUGGAGUUCUUCCGGUUUGGGCUCCCUGGUAUGCUCAUGUGCUGGGUCGAAUUCGGUUCGCUCUGGCUGCUUUCCUAUCUCGCGGCCCACCUGCCCCAUGCGUACGUUCAAACUCGCGUCAACACGAUCCUCUGCCACGUACUGUCCAUGAUGUACGUCGUGUAUCUCGGAAUUUCGACUGCAUCUAUGGUGCGUGUCGGCAACCUUCUCGGAGCGAACCGGCCUCAUCAUGCGAAAACAAUCAUGCGCCUCUCGUUCGCGCUGGUCGCCGUCUGCUUGGUGUUUACUGCCACGUGCAUUUGGACCACGCGGCAUCUAUUGGCGUCUGCCUUCUUCGGCGAGUCCGAUGUCGUCCAGAGUGCCAGCAAGGCCCUGCUGUUCAUUUUACCCCUGCAUGUACUCAACUCAAUCAACACGAAUGCCCAAGGCGUGUUCCGCGGCAUGGGCCGUCCUGGCGCUGGUGCGCUCAUCACCUUCGUCUCCGUGUUUUGCGUCGGGCUCCCAUCGGCCGCUGCGUUGGGGUUGCACUUGCGGAACGACGUUAUUGGGUUGUGGGAAGGCCUGACGAUGGGCGCGGCCGUGUCCUUGGCAGUGUUUGUGAUGAUUUUGCAGCGAAUUGAGUGGGCGGCCGUCGCGACCGCAGCCAAGAUUCGCAGCGAAGAGUAGAUUUUGUCUAGUAAUAUGAUGUGGUUGGUGGCGUUACAUGUG